UUUUUGUUUUCAUAGCGAAGUCGCUGUCGAGUAAUUUUAAUAUUGUUUUGGGUAUUAAUUAUUAAUUUUAUCAAACAUAUCACUUAUUUAACGGACAAAACAGUAUCAGCGAUGGGACGCCGAGGAGCUAAAUCGAAAACGACAAAUGGAGAUAUUGAAUCUGUGGCCGUAGCCGCCACCGAUGCCGAAAUUGAGGAGAACCAGGACAACCAGGAGGAAUUUGUGCAGAAUGGGGAUGAUCCUUUGGCUGAAGUGGAUGACGAGGAUGAGGACGACAAACCUCUAAAAAAGAAAUUGCCCAAGAAACGAGGAGCUCCAGCAAAUGCCAAGAAAAAGGGCAAAAAAGCUAAAAAGGACAAAAGUGCAGAGGAGGAAAAUGAUAAUGACGAAGCAGAACCUGAGGAAAUUUUACCUACCGAUGAGGAGCCAGUUUAUGAGGUUGAUAAGAUAAUGGAUGUGCAAUACCUGAAAUCAGGUGCCAGAGAGUUCCUCAUUCGCUGGAAAAACCACGGACCUGAAAGUGAUACUUGGGAACCAGAGGAAAAUUUGUCCUGUCCAGAUUUGAUAGCUAAAUUCACUGACAAGAAUACCUCACCCAAAGGUAAAUCCAGUAAAAAAUCUCAACCCAAAAAGAAGGCUGCAAAAUCACCACCAAAACCCCAAAAACCUGCAGACCCCGAUGCAGAAUACGAGGUUGAAAAAAUUAUAGAAGUACAUCACAGAAAAGAUGGAGCCAAAGAGUUUCUAAUUCGCUGGAAGGGCUGCACCUCGAACGAAGACACUUGGGAACCUGAGGAGAAUUUAUCGUGCCCCGAGCUGAUUGCCAGAUUUAUGGAAAAGGUGAAUAAGGCUAGUAAAUUUGAGAAGCGUGAAAUCAGAACGGCGCCUAAGCAUACGGAGAGAUUUACUUUGACUAUGAAGUCUACAGGCAGACGUAUUUCUAAACGUAAUGGAAAUAAACAAAGAGCUACCUAUUAUGAUGCUGAAUAAAGAAGGGA